AUGCAGUUGACCAACCCAUCUCAGGUUCCGGUUUAUACUAUUUCGGGCUCAAACAGUGCUCGGCCACUGCCUGAAUGGCUUGCACGGCGUCGCAAGCGCAGCUUGAAAAAUGAUCCCGAGUAUGCUAAUCGGGUUGAACUGCUGCAAGAUUUUGAGUUUGAGGAAGCCAGUCACUGUGUUCGCGUCAGUGAGGAUGGAGAGUGGGUUAUGAGCACAGGAACUUACAAGCCUCAAAUCCAUACUCACUAUCUUCCGCAAUUAUCCCUUUCAUGGGCACGUCACACGAGCUCUCUCAACACAACCUUCAUCUUGCUAUCUUCCGAUUACACAAAGUCCCUCCAUCUCCAAUCCGAUCGAUCUCUUGAAUUCCAUACCCCAGGAGGGUGUCACUACACCACCAGACUUCCUCGCUAUGGACGUGACCUAGUCUACGACCGCCAGUCAACCGAGGUGCUUGUUCCCGCAGUCGGUGUCAACCAGGAUGGUAUGGGAGAGGUUUACCGGUUAAACUUAGAAUCGGGCCGCUACAUGCGGAGUUUCGAGGUAGAUGUUGGCGGUGACGAUUUUACAUCUGCUGGUGGCGGAACCCUUCAAGGUGGAAUCAACACAGGAUCUGUCAACACGGCUGCUAUUGCAGAACAAAGUCACAAUCUGUUGGCGUUCGGAACAUCGUUAGGAACAGUUGAGCUCUGGGAUCCCAGAGCCAAGGGACGUGCGGGUGUUUUACUCCCACCGGCACCGCCAGCACACGUCGGACUUGAUGAUGCGCGGUCUGAGAUCACUGCUUUGGACUUCAACCGCUCCGGUAUGAGCCUUGGAACUGGUUCGUCCAAUGGACUAAUUCACCUGUACGAUCUGCGUUCGCCUGUUCCAUACCAGGUCAAGGACCAGGGAUACGGUUUCGCUGUCCACACACUUCAAUUCCUGGAGCCGUCAUCCGCAACCCAGGCUGCCACAAUCGAACCCAAACUGCUAUCGGCUGAUAAGCGUAUCAUCAAGCUUUGGGACAUUGAGGAUAAGAUGCCUUGGACCUCAGUUGAGCCAGCUGUGGACAUUAAAUCUGUUGCUUGGUGCAAGGACAGUGGAAUGCUUCUCACAGCCAACGAAGGUCGGCAGCAACACUCCUUCUUCGUACCACAGCUUGGGCCUGCGCCGAAAUGGUGCUCAUUCUUGGACAACCUGGUCGAAGAGAUGGCUGAGGACCCCAACGAUCCCAACGCAUUCAAGUCCACUCAAUCGGCGGCCUAUCCUGGUUACACUAUGGUUACCAAGGAUGUUAUUUCAGGCUGGAAGACGAAGAUGAUCGAAAGCCACAUCCCACCGAUCGAUGUGAACGCAUACAUGCAGGAUGGAAAGAUGAUUCUCGAGAACGAAGGAUCUUACCAGAUGAAAACUUAUCUGUAUGAGUACCACCAGAGCCAGUUCGGCCAAGGUGCCAGCACAAAGCAGAACAAGGUGGAGCAAGCAAUCGAGAAGCAGCGUGAGAGCCGCAUCCGCGGUAAGAAGAAGGUCGAUGUCAAGGUGAACAGGAGACUGGCCGAAAGGAUGAAGAUUGCGGAAGAAAAGCGGGAGCGCCGUCACGCCAAACGUCUGGUAGAGGGCGGAGCCGAUUCAGAAAUGGCCGAUGCACCAGCACCCUCAGGUUCCGAAGGCAAAGACAAGGGUGUAUUGGGCGACAGCCGUUUCGCUCAAUUGUUCGAGGAUCAGGAUUUCGCUGUGGACGAGAACUCACGCGAAUUCCAAUUGCUGAAUCCCAGCACGGUCCCCGAAUCUGCGUCCGCGGCUACAAAGAAGGAACGUGGUCUUACAGCUGUCGAGCAAGAGGCUAUCGACGAUGUUCCCGGUUCCAGUUCCGAUGGUUCAGACUCCGACAGCGAGCAAGAAAAGCCGGCCAAGGCAGCAGCUUCCAAGAAGAUUUCAUCUGCAGACUACAAGCGGACGAAGCGACCUCCGCCACGUAUGCAGGUAUCCUCCUCGAACCAAAGCCAUACCACCCGAGACCGUUCAUUCGGCUCUCGUGCGCAAACCAUGAAGUCGAGGCAAAAGCCCGCACGACGUCUCGUUGCCGGCGCCGUCGGCGAAAAGGAAAUCAGUUUCAACCCCGCUGGGAAACCCAAGCGCGUCGCACCGGAAGUGCAAUACGACAAACCCGAUACAUCGUUCAAGGCCAAAGAACGCCGCAGUGCUUCCAACAACGCCUUCCGCAGAAUGUAA